AUGAGUUCCAACAAAGAUCCAGAGAAGUCAGCCCCUGUCGAUGAUGGUGGAACCGAGACCUCACCAGAUGUCGGUAAGGAGGAACUGGAACGCCGACAGGCUCCUUGGUGGGUAAUUGUGCGAGUCAUAAUUGUGCUGGGACUUCUGUACGCCUUCAUUUGCUCACUGGACCUCAUGGGCAGCGCCUUCAAACUACUCGGAGGAAAGGAAGCAGGAGAAGUCUUCAGUCAGGAUCACGUGAUCAGCAACCCAGUGGCUGGUCUGGUUAUUGGAGUUUUAGUGACAGUGCUUCUUCAAUCAUCAUCCACUAGCACCUCGAUCAUCGUGACGAUGGUAGCUGCAGAUCUCUUGACCGUCAAUCAGGCGGUUCCCAUCGUCAUGGGGGCUAACAUCGGCACUUCGGUGACAAGCACUAUUGUCGCAAUUGGGCAGAUACAAGACAAGACAAUGUACGAGAGGGCCUUUGCGGCGGCUACUAUGCAUGACAUGUUCAACCUGCUCUGUGUGGCGAUCAUGCUGCCGCUAGAAUGGAUCACUGGAUUCCUGACGAAACUGUCGAAAGAAAUAGUCGGCGUGAUGAACGUGACUCCAAACGAGGACGCGGAAGUCGAGUUGCUGUCGCGAAUCACCGACCCUCUCAUGGACAGAGUUGUUUUAGUCAACAAAACUUUUAUCAAGGAAAUCUCCAAGGAUAAAGACGUUGGAAGUGACGAGCGGGUUCUUAAGAUUUAUGCCCAGGACUGGAAAAAGUGGGUCAAGGCCGUCAACGCCAGUGGAAACUUGACAGAGUUACCCUCCGACCGACAGCACUGCGAAGCUUUGUUCUGUGACUGGGAACAUUCUGACAAAGCUGCGGGUGGACUUCUACUUACAAUUGCUCUUGUCGUAAUGUUCAUCUGCCUUUUCUUCAUCGUCAAGGUGCUGAACUCCAUCUUCAGCGGUCACAUCGCAAAAAUUGUGAACAAAUUUGUGAACAAAGGGUUCCCGGGCAAGUUCCAGAAACUUGACUUUCUGAUAGGAUAUUUUGCUAUUCUGGUGGGAUGCGGGAUGACAAUUUUAGUGCAAAGCAGUUCCAUUUUCACCUCAACUCUCACCCCUCUCGUUGGUCUGAACAUAAUUGGAAUUGAACGAGCGUUUCCCAUGGUUCUGGGAUCCAACAUCGGAACAACAGUCACCGGUCUGCUGGCGGCGCUGGCGAGUGACAAAAACUUUGAGCAGGCACUUCAGAUCAGCAUGUGCCACCUGCUGUUUAAUAUAAUCGGAAUCUUAAUCUGGUAUCCGAUUCCGGUGAUGCGCAGGAUACCUUUAGGAUGUGCCAGACAUCUCGGAAAGACUACCCGAAAAUACAAGUGGUUUGCUGUCGUGUACAUUUUCAUUGUAUUUGUUAUGUUCCCCGGAAUCGUUUUUGCACUUUCUUUGGCUGGCGAGGUGUACGUCGCCGUUUUUUGCUGCUUGCUGAUCUUGUUUGGAUUAGUUAUCACAGCGAUGAAGCUUCUACAACGCUAUGCUCCAUCGGUGCUUCCCAAUAAGCUGAAGAACUUUAAGUUUUUGCCAAAAGGUCUGCGAUCACUGGAGCCGUACCAUAACGCAGGAAUCACCUUUCUGAACCUUUGCCGACCAAAAUCAAGGAAAAUCUCCCAACGCUGCGGACUCGAAGAUAAUAUUUCAGACAAAGUAUUGGUGAAUCUGGAAAAAGAAAAGAUUAUUGAGAGCAAAUUAAGCAAGGGCGCAGCUGUUUUGACAGGAGUAAAAAAGAAAAACAACGAUGAAGUAAUAGUUCAAGCUGAAGAGGUGAAUCCGGCGUCAGCCAAUUUGGGCUAUGACCAGAACGAAUGA